GCUCAUUUUACUUCGCUACCAAUUUCAAAAGAGAAAACCUCACUGCUCAGUUCCGGUCAUGCCGGAGCCGGAUGAACUUAGCCAACCAGAGCACUAGAAAGAACGCCGGACGAAGUUGUAUUGGUCGAAGUCCAAUCGACUAAACAUUUUUGCAUACAGAUAGCGAGCACGAGAUAUAUGGUAAUAGAUAGUAGAAGUUUUAACUGAUAAUGGCUGGCAUUUUCAAACAGCCGGGUGCGUUUGCAAUCACACCGCACAAAGUUUCAGUUUGCAUAAUCCUCAAGAUAUACGCUCCACCAGGGCAAAUAUCGGUCCCCUUUCCUUUCUCUUCCGUUGCUCAGCACAACCGGCUUGGGUUGUUCUUGUUGGCCCUCACCAAGUCCUGCGAUGAUAUCUUGGAGCCGAAACUGGAUGAACUCAUUAAUCAAUUGAGGGUGGUUGGUGGCUUCUCAAAUCAUUGGUUUAUUGAUCAUUUGACGAGCAGACUAUCAUCUUUGUUAUCACCUGAUGAUUUGUUUAACUUCUUUACAGAAAUGCGAGGAAUACUUGCAGGUCCUGAUUCAGGUGUUGUGGAGGAUGAUCAGGUGAUGUUGGACCUAAACAGUAAUCUGGGGAUAUUUCUUCGACGUUGUGUACUGGCAUUCAAUUUGCUAUCAUUUGAGGGUGUAUGUCAUCUUUUAACAAGCAUAGAAAUAUAUCGUAAAGAAGCACCCUCAAGUUCUCCUUAUGAGCAACCUUGUUUGGAUGACUCUAGUAGCAAUCUUGAGACAUGUUCAGAAUAUGAGAACAUGGACCUGGAGAACUUUGUGUAUGAAAAGGUUUCAGAAGAAAUUGAGGCAAGAAAGGAGGAGGCUAGUGAAAAAAUUCCAUUUCAUCUUCAUGCACCAAAAACACUUUUGGGUUUAGUUGAUGAUAUUGAUGUCCCUGCUGAUAUGGUGUCCAAACAUAGUGAGAAAGGAAGAGAAGCUGGUUCUUAUGGAGAUCCUACAACUACAAGUAACAUGCUACCAGAUAUUGAUCUCAGCAGCGGGAUAUUUCUGCGAACAAACUGGCAAGUACAAGGAUACUUACAAGAGCAAGCUGAUACCAUUGAAAAGGAUGGUAGCUCUGUCUCUUUGAAUGGGUUCGAAAUUAUCCUCCUGCAGCUACAGAAGAUGGCACCUGAACUACAUAGGGUUCACUUCUUGCGCUAUUUGAACAGUCUUUCCCAUGAUGAUUAUAUUGCUGCUUUGGAGAAUCUUCAUUGCUAUUUUGAUUAUAGUGCAGGGACUGAAGGAUUUGAUUUUGUUCCUCCGGCUAGUAGUAAUACCUUUGGAAGAUAUGAAAUUGCUUUAUUAUGUUUGGGGAUGAUGCAUUUCCAUUUUGGGCAUCCAAAACUAGCUUUGGAGGUUCUGACUGAAGCAGUUCGUGUUUCUCAGCAGCAAAGUAAUGAUACCUGUCUUGCAUACACCUUAGCAGCUAUCUCAAACUUGCUGUUUGAAAAUGGCAUCUCAAGUACAUCUAAGAUGCUAGGAUUGUCCUACUCACCUUUGACAAGUAUAGGCACUACACUCUCGGUUCAACAACAAUUGUUCGUGCUCUUGAGAGGUUCUUUGAAGAGAGCAGAAAGUUUGAAGUUAAAACGCUUGGUGGCUUCCAAUCAUCUAGCAAUGGCCAAGUUUGAUUUAACACAUGUACAGAGGCCCUUAUUGUCAUUUGGUCCAAAAGCUUUCAUGAAGCUUAGAACAUCCCCGGUAAAUGUAUGCAAGGAAAUCAGAUUAAGUUCUCACCUGAUUAGUGACUUUAGCUCAGAGAGUUCUUCAAUGACAGUUGAUGGUGCUUUUAGUACAGCAUGGCUAAAAAAUUUACAAAAGCCAAUGGGUUCUCCUGUUUUGUCAAAGGAGAAUGGAUCUGGUGAUAGUUCUAACAUUUUUCAGUUCUGUGCACAACCCACAUCUGUUCCUGGAUCUGUAUUGCAAUUGUUGGGUUCAUCUUAUCUUCUUCGUGCAACUGCGUGGGAAUUAUAUGGCAGCGCUCCACUCUCGCACAUGAACACGCUGGUGCAUGCAACUUGCUUUGCUGAUGCAUCAAGCUCAUCAGAUGCAGCAUUAGCAUAUGUAAAGCUCAUUCAACAUUUGGCAGUCUUUAAAGGAUACAGAGAGGCCUUUUCUGCCCUUAAAAUAGCGGAAGAGAAGUUUCUAUCUGUCUCAAAAUCACAAAUCUUAUUGCUCAAGUUGCAGUUACUUCAUGACCGUGCUUUACAUCGAGGACAGUUAAAGCUAGCUCAACAAGCAUGUGAUGAGCUUGGAGUUCUGGCAUCACCAGUAACUGGAGUAGACAUGAAGCUGAAGACAGAAGCAGGCCUCCGCCAUGCUCUCACAUUGCUUGCAGCAAAUCGAUUUAGAGAGGCAGCCACUGUAGCACACUCCCUCUUUUGCAUGUGCUACAAGUACAAUCUGCAAGUUGAGAAUGCUUCUGUUCUCCUUUUGCUUGCUGAAAUUCAUAAGAAAUCAGGGAAUGCAGUUCUAGGCCUUCCAUAUGCGUUGGCAAGCCUCUCAUUCUGCCAGUCAUUUAAUUUGGAUCUGCUCAAAGCCUCAACCACUCUUACUCUUGCUGAGUUGUGGCUUUCUCUGGGAUCAAGCCAUGCAACAAGGGCUCUGAACCUUAUCCAUGGGGCCUUCCCUAUGAUUCUGGGUCAUGGUGGUCUGGAGCUCCGUUCUCGUGCAUAUAUUGUUGAAGCAAAAUGCUAUCUCUCUGACCCAAACUUCAAGGUCUCUGAAAAUUAUGAAGUUGUAAUAGACUCUUUAAGACAAGCAUCAGAUGAGCUCCAACUUUUAGAGUAUCAUGAAAUGGCAGCUGAAGCCUUCUAUUUGAUGGCCAUGGUGUAUGACAAGCUGGGACAGUUGGAAAAAAGGGAAGAAGCUGCAACUUCAUUCAAGAAGCAUAUUUUGGCUCUCAACAAUCCUCAGGAUAAGGACGAUGAUCCUCUUGUUUAGCAUAUUUUUUCUUAAUAUACCACUUAUCCGAGGCUGUUCUAUGAAGUUUCUUGGCUUGGAAGCAACCUAGCUAAAUUGUUGUAACUUAUGUUUUUAUGUUUAUUAAGCCAUGGAUGAAUCAGUGUAAAUCCUGGACUGGAGGUGUCUCUGAGAUCUGGUGGUGUGACUGACUUGUGACUUGUGAGGAGCACAGAAAGUUACGAGAGAGGACUUGGCUUCUUCAAACCUUGACUUCUAUGGUGUACUGAGAAAAGUCCUAUAUGCAUUUGGCAACCUUGUGCGUGUUUGGUUGAAAGUGCUAAUAUUAUUUGUGUAUCAUAUUUUU